AUGGAGAUCCGGCCGGACAGGUUUAAGAUUGUGGCAGCCAAGACUCUCGGGAAAAUAUACGGAGCUCUUGAGAAGAAGCAGGAAAAUGGCGAGACCAUUGAGCUGUCGGCGGAAGGCCGGCCGGAGCUGUUGGAGGAGAAGGAGGUGCCCGUGGUGGACUGCACAUGCUUCGGCCUGCCCAGGCGCUACAUCAUCGCCAUCCUCUCUGGCAUUGGCUUCUGCAUCUCCUUUGGUAUCCGAUGUAACUUGGGAGUGGCCAUUGUCAGCAUGGUCAACAGCCACACCAUCUUCAGAGACAACAAGAUGGUCGAAGUGAAAGCUCAGUUUGAUUGGGAUCCGGAAACAGUGGGAAUGAUCCACGGGUCCUUUUUUUGGGGGUACAUAGUGACUCAAAUCCCAGGAGGGUUCAUCUGUCAAAAGUUUGCAGCAAACAGAGUGUUUGGCUUUGCUAUAGUGGCCACGUCUUGCUUGAACAUGCUCAUCCCUGCAGCAGCACGGAUGCAUUUUGGCUGUGUUAUCAUUGUCAGGGUGUGUCAAGGACUUGUGGAGGGGGUUUCAUAUCCGGCCUGUCACGGAAUUUGGGCAAAAUGGGCACCACCUCUUGAAAGAAGUCGCCUGGCCACGACAGCCUUUUGUGGUUCUUAUGCUGGUGCUGUGAUUGCCAUGCCAUUAGCUGGAAUCCUGGUCCAGUAUUCAGGAUGGUCAUCAGUCUUCUAUGUCUACGGAAGUUUUGGUAUCAUGUGGUAUUGCUUCUGGUUCCUGGUGUCUUAUGAAAGUCCAGCAGCCCAUCCCACCAUCACUGAGGAGGAGAGAAAAUAUAUUGAGGAAAGCAUUGGCGUGACAGCCCAACACGCUGUAACGAAAUUCAACACCCCGUGGAGGUCCUUCUUUACAUCCAUGCCAGUGUACGCCAUCAUCGUGGCUAAUUUCUGCAGAAGCUGGACAUUCUAUUUGCUUCUCAUCAGCCAGCCUGCAUACUUUGAGGAGGUGUUUGGGUUUGAGAUUAGCAAGGUGGGCAUAGUUUCAGCUCUUCCCCACCUGGUCAUGACCAUUGUUGUGCCUAUUGGUGGCCAGAUUGCAGACUAUCUGCGCACCAACCAAAUCAUGUCUACGACUAACGUCAGGAAACUUAUGAACUGUGGAGGGUUUGGGAUGGAGGCAACCCUGCUCCUAGUCGUGGGCUUUUCUCAUACAAAAGGAGUUGCCAUUUCAUUCCUGGUCCUGGCUGUGGGUUUCUCUGGGUUUGCCAUUUCAGGUUUCAAUGUCAACCACCUGGACAUUGCACCGCGCUAUGCUAGUAUCCUUAUGGGUAUCUCCAAUGGUGUGGGCACUUUGUCUGGUAUGGUUUGCCCACUUAUAGUUGGUACCAUGACGAAGCAUAAGACGCGGGAGGAGUGGCAGGGUGUGUUUCUUAUUGCCUCGAUUGUUCAUUAUGGAGGUGUUAUAUUCUAUGGCCUCUUUGCAUCUGGAGAGAAGCAAGCUUGGGCAGAGCCAGAGCAGACAAGCGAUGAGAAAUGCGGCAUCCUGGAUGAGGAUGAGCUUGCAAAUGAGACAGAGGAGCUGUAUCGCACAAGUGGCGGAGGAGGCUACGGUGCCAUGAACCAGGGAGCAGAUCCCAACGGAGGCAUGGGAGGAGGAGGAGGAGGCUGGGUCUCAGACUGGGACAAAACUGAGGAGUAUGUCCAACCAGAUGGAACCAAUAAUUACCUUUAUGAAGGAGAGAGAGAGCGAAAGUUAACAUAAAACCAGCAGAUCCUCUUCACAUAGCCUUUAGUGAGGCAGAAACAGUCCAUCAACAGUGUGGAGUUUCACCUAAAUGCAUGAAGAACUUUGAAAGUGCGGAUUUAAAAUGGAAUGUGGGAGGGGACAAUUUUCAGGCAGCCUGACUGUAUUAUUAUAACUGAACUGAAUUCUAAGAGACUCCACAGUGAAGGUGAAGACAUUAGCAAAUGUAAAAUGUGUGUUUGUGUGUGAUUGCAAUUGUGUACCUUGUGUGACAGACAAUCUAAGUAAGAGUGUUUUAGGACUCAUCAGCCUCCCCGCAAUCUCUCUUGGAGGAGAGCUGCGGGAGCUUUAGGCCUGAUGUGGCUUUCUCUGAUGUUUAUUCAUUGUAAUAAUUGUAGAAAAUUCUAUAUUAUCUGUUUUGGAUUUCAUUUGUAUGCCUCUCACUUUAUAUAUAUAUAUUUGAAUCAUUCAAGAUUACAAAUCUUUAGACGCACAUUGGUCACAAGCGCAUUUCUGUUGUUGGGUGAAAACCUAUUGGGUUUGAUUAACUGUUUUUUUUCAACCCACAGAAGAGUAUUCACCUCCAUUGAAGUUAAAAUAGGAAAUCACCAGCUACAAGGUUUCACACAAUGUUAUAAAGGCUUUUUCCCCCUAAGAACAAUGUUAAGUUGUGUCCUUAAUGUGCACACUUUUAAGAAAAAUUAUGUUACUUGUGCCAAUACAACAAAAUAUAUUGCACUGUAGUAUUGGUUUACUUAUCCACUGACAAAGUAAUUGAUCACCUGCAAAUUUUAUUCUACACAGCUUUCUAUGAAGCCUAAGUCAUACAAACAUUUUUAAAUGUAGCAUUUUGAUUUCUUCAAGCAAAAAUGUUUUAUGUACUAGGCCUCUAACCUGUCUGCCUGCUUACAAACUCGGGAAUAAAAAAGCCUCGUACAGGACUAGAAGGAAUGUCAUAAUCCAGGAUAAUAAGAAUUCCUCAUCAAAUUAGAGCCAUUUUUAUUUCUAUGAGCUCUCUUUGAGAACGUUUUCUUCAUUCAGCAUUUGAAUUUUGUUCAGUUUGCUUUACAUGUCAUAAUAUACCUCUUUAUGUUACUGUUGAGUUCAGUUAAUUCAUGCUCUAGGCCUAAGUGCAGCCUAUGCAUCAAGAAAAAUUGUGUCACCAUAUAACACAAAACAAAAACACUGAGUCAAAGUUUUUAAGUGCAUAUGUCAAAAUUAAAGGCUGUGCAACUAAAAUUAAGCCUCACAUAGAUCUCAACUCUCAUUCUUUUAUUUUAUAGUGCAGCGGGCUGAUGUUAAAUGAUCAGUAAAUGACCAAAGAGCAAUUCAAAAUAAAAGGCUGAUAAUGGACAAGAAAACAAUGUUGUUUCACUGUACAUGUUUUCUUUUUGUUAGUAGAUGUUGUAAUGUACCUAGCUAGCCCCAAAAUGAAGGUUUAAGAUAAAAAAAAUAUCCCUGUGCUAGAUUAUGGAAUGGUAUCACUUUGGCUAAUACUGUUUCACUGAGUUCACUGAUGGUGGUGAUUAAAUAUUAAAUGUUAGGGUUUUUACUGUUUUUGUCAUUUUUCAUUAAUUUAUUGUUAAUUUUUUGUUCUGGAUUGUAAACUGAAACUGUAUAUGUAAAAAUCAUGUACAUGUGGGAAUAAUUGUAUAAUAAAACAUAGAGGUGAUAGUUCCUGUACAAUAAUUACAGAUAUUCUUGGUAGUUUAUGCUCAUGCAUUACUUCCAUUUCUAUGUUUUAAUGUUAUC